UCAGGCAGGGCGUCAGAAACUUUAUAGAGUAGUCAUCUGAGAGUGAAGUCUCCAAGGAGAGGCAAACACGAGGAGGACAAUCUUGUAUGUACCCGGAGAAACAAACAAGAAGCUAGCAAAGCUUAGCCCUGCUGGGAACAUUCCUAUCUCCCAGCCUUGGUUUCUCACCUGCAUCCACAUCCACACUCAAUUCGUCUCCGUCGUAACUCUUGCCCGGAUCGAUCGGCCUGAAUUCUGGAGCAAUGAUCAACCAGUGCCUCUGCUGCGUCGCCGGCAGCGACUCGGAGCCGGAGGCUGCCGCCAGCCGUAGCCGGAGGAAUCCGUCGAGGUCGUCGAGGGGAAACAGGAAGAGGGGCGUGGAGUACCCGUGGGAGAUGUACACGCUCAAGGAGCUCCUGCAGGCGACCAACAACUUCAACGAUAGCAACAAGCUCGGCGAGGGCGGCUUCGGCACCGUCUACUGGGGCCGCACCUCCAAGGGCGUCGAGAUCGCGGUGAAGCGGCUGAAGGCGAUGACGGCCAAGGCGGAGAUGGAGUUCGCGAUCGAGGUGGAGAUCCUGGGCCGCGUCCGGCACCGGAACCUGCUGAGCCUCCGCGGCUUCUACGCCGGCGGCGACGAGCGCCUCAUCGUCUACGACUACAUGCCCAACCACAGCCUCCUCACCCACCUCCACCCUCACCGCGGCACCCCCGCCUCCCAGCAGCAUCCCCCCCUCGACUGGCCCCGCCGUCUCUCCAUCGCCCUCGGCGCCGCUCAGGGCCUCGCGUACUUGCACCACGAGGCGAGCCCGCACAUAAUCCACCGUGACAUCAAGGCGAGCAACGUGCUGCUGGACGCGGACCUGGUGCCGAAAGUGGCCGACUUCGGCUUCGCCAAGCUGAUCCCGGAGGGCGUCUCCCACCUGACGACGCGGGUGAAGGGCACGCUGGGCUACCUGGCCCCGGAAUACGCCAUGUGGGGGAAAGUCUCCGAGAGCUGCGACGUGUACAGCUUCGGGGUGCUGCUGCUGGAGCUCGUCAGCGCGCGGCGCCCGCUGGAGAAGCUCCCCGGCGGGGUGAAGCGGGAGAUCGUGCAGUGGGCGGCGCCGCUCGUGGAGCGCCGCAAGUGGGAGCGCCUCGCCGACCCCAGGCUCGCCGGGCGGUUCGACGCCGCGCAGCUCCGCGCCGUGGUCGAGACGGCCAUGCUCUGCUCGCAGAGCAACGGCGAGAGCCGGCCCACCAUGGCCGAGGUCGUCGACAUGCUCAGGUUCGCCGGGAGUGGCGGCGGCGAGAGGCGGAAUAAGGAGAUUGUGCCCGUGCAGGACGCCGCGUGCAGCGAGGACAUCACGAUGACUACGGACCAUGACGACGUCACGGGCAGCACGGAGCCGCUGGACAGGGGAAGCUGGAAGCUGACCACGCUGAGGUGAUCCAUCCGACCGAUAUAUCCAUGCAUGCAUCACUGGAUCGCCGAAUCCACCGUAUUGUCGCAUGGAAUUAAGUUGCAAAUUCAUGGUCAUUGGUUGUUUAUUAGAUUGCAAAGUAGAGUAUGAAAUUGGUGGUGGGUGAGUGUGGUUUUUGGUGAGGGCUGGAGAGAUCAUCGAGGGACGUUUUGGCCGGUUCGUUUUGGCCCGCAAAGUUUUGUUUCUUUGCAUCGAGUGUUUGUACAAUCCUCUUGUUCGAAUACAGCAUCGUGUCGAUUAUUCA